UAAAUGCACUAGAUGUUUACCUGUUCUAGUACUACCUCCCCUAUUCUAAUCCAUGGUUCCUUGAUUGCCUAUAAAAAUGGCUUCACUUGGACAUCAUUUCAACAUGCUAGCUUCAAUAAACACACUGGUUGUCCAAAGGUGAACAAGAAGAAGAAGAUGAGUGGAACAAACUGCUCCAAAGCAUUCGACAUGGCUGCAAGAGUAAUGGCUAAUGGGAACCAUCACCAAGCAAAGAGCAACGACAAGUGUUGUUACUUUCAGAUGCCACUCCACUAUCCCAGGUACAAAAAGAGUGACUAUGAGAACAUGCCUGAGUGGCAGCUCGACGGCCUGCUUAACCAGUAUGGCCUUCCUAUCAUCGGAGAUGCUAACCAAAAGAGAAAGUUUGCAAUGGGAGCUUUCCUUUGGCCUUCCCAGGUUGAAUGAUAAUACAAACUACAUUUGCCUAGUCAAAUAUAUCAUACUUCUAACUGAUGAACAACUAGCUUCUGUAUAAUUAUAUAGUAAAUCUUGAAGUAGCUGGCUUUCAAGUGGUAUCACUGUUUGUACCAUAUUGAUUACUUAGUAUUAUGUUGAAUUAUAUCGUUAAGCAGCAGUUUAAUGUAAUGGAUUAUUGAUUAUUAAUCUUCAGUGUUGAACUAUGCCCCUCAGAAGAUGUUUUGUUCAUGUUUGUAUCAUGUAACAUGUUUUUCACUGUUUGUGUUUGUUGUUUCAGUGUUAAUUAACAUUUUACUCGUGUUUUGGCA